GCGUGGGGUGCAUGCCUGUCUGGGUGAGCUCUUCCCCGGGCUUGGGCAUAGCGGGGCUCCAGCCAGGCCAAGUAGCCGGGCAGCUUCAGACCUGGGCCUCUGGGGCCACCGGGAUUGUGUCUCCUUUUCUCAGGUGUCAGGAAACAGCUCUGACGUGUGAAAAUAAACAACUGAAAACCAGGUGGCUGCAGCCUUCUGCCCCUGCCCUGUCUUCACAGCGGAAAUGUCAGGAAAGGAGAACAACUUCCCCCCGCUGCCCAAGUUCAUCCCCCUGAAGCCCUGCUUCUACCAGAACUUCUCUGAUGAGAUCCCUAUCGAGCACCAGGUCUUGGUGAAGAGGAUCUACCGCCUGUGGCUGUUCUACUGCGCCACCCUGGGCGUCAACCUCGUCGCCUGCCUGGCCUGGUGGAUCGCCGGCGGCUCUGGAGCCAACUUCGGCCUGGCCCUGGUCUGGCUGUUGCUCUUCUCCCCCUGCGGCUACGUGUGCUGGUUCCGGCCCGCAUACAAGGCCUUCCGGUGAGUGGGGCGGGCGGCC